AAAAUGAAAGCCAACAAGUACUCGAUUCCACGAAUCGAUGACCUGCUUGACCAGCUUCAGGGAGCCACGGUAUUUUUAAAACUAGAUCUGCAAUCCGGAUACUGGCAGAUACGAAUGGCUGACGAUUCUGUUCACAAAACUGCCUUCCGCACUCAGUAUGGAUCGUACGAGUAUCUGGUAAUGCCGUUCGGACUCACCAACGCACCUGCAACGUUCCAAGCAGAGAUGAAUCACAUCCUACGCCCACUCUUGGACGAAUGCGUGGUGGUGUACCUGGACGACAUCCUUAUCUACUCGCGCGAUAUGCAACAACACAUCGAACACCUGAGACGCGUCUUCGAGAUUCUUCGACGAGAACGCUUCUACGUCAAAAUAUCCAAGAGCGACUUCGCCCUCGAAAAAGUCCAAUUCUUCGGACAUAUCGUAAGCGCUCAAGGAGUUCACGUCGACCCCAAGAAAAUCGAAGCCGUACGCACGUGGAAGACACCCAAGUACGUAAAGGAGUUACAACAGUUCCUUGGCUUCGUUAAUUACUACAACAGGUUCGUGCCACAAUACGCGAAGAUCGCCGAGCCACUAACGAAUCUGCUAAAGAAGAACACGCCCUAUAACUGGGAACCAAGACAUCAGGAAGCUGUGGAACAGCUGAAACAAGCACUCACGUCCGCACCUGUACUCAUCUUAAAGACCCCGAACGCGACUACGUCAUCGAAGCUGACGCCAGCGACCAGGCAGUGGGAGCAGUCUUGAUGCAAGUCCAGGGGAAUGGACU